AUGCAGUCACUCUUAACAACUAUUUUUGAAAGAAAUUCCAUCUUUGUUGCUACUAUUUUAGGUGGUGCUUUUGCUUUUGAAGGCUUUUUCGAUACUGCCGUAACUUCGUGGUAUGAGAACCAUAAUAGAGGAAAAUUGUGGAAAGAUGUGAAAUCAAAAUUUCUAGAGGGCGGAGAUGAAGAUGAAGAUGACGAGUAA